AUGAACCGGAAAGCGCGGCGCUGCCUGGGCCACCUCUUUCUCAGCCUGGGCAUGGUCUACCUCCGGAUCGGUGGCUUCUCCUCAGUGGUAGCUCUGGGCGCAAGCAUCAUCUGUAACAAGAUCCCAGGCCUAGCUCCUAGACAGCGGGCGAUCUGCCAGAGCCGGCCCGACGCCAUCAUCGUCAUAGGAGAAGGCUCGCAAAUGGGCCUGGACGAGUGUCAGUUUCAGUUCCGCAAUGGCCGCUGGAACUGCUCUGCACUGGGAGAGCGCACUGUCUUCGGGAAGGAGCUGAAAGUGGGGAGCCGGGAGGCUGCGUUCACCUACGCCAUCAUUGCUGCCGGCGUGGCCCAUGCCAUCACAGCUGCCUGUACCCAGGGCAACCUAAGCGACUGUGGCUGCGACAAAGAGAAGCAAGGCCAGUACCACCGGGACGAGGGCUGGAAGUGGGGUGGCUGCUCUGCCGACAUCCGCUACGGCAUCGGCUUCGCCAAGGUCUUUGUGGAUGCCCGGGAGAUCAAGCAGAAUGCCCGGACUCUCAUGAACUUGCACAAUAACGAGGCAGGCCGAAAGAUCCUGGAGGAGAACAUGAAGCUGGAAUGUAAGUGCCACGGCGUGUCAGGCUCGUGCACCACCAAGACGUGCUGGACCACACUGCCACAGUUUCGGGAGCUGGGCUACGUGCUCAAGGACAAGUACAACGAGGCCGUUCACGUGGAGCCUGUGCGUGCCAGCCGCAACAAGAGGCCCACCUUCCUGAAGAUCAAGAAGCCACUGUCAUACCGCAAGCCCAUGGACACAGACCUGGUGUACAUCGAGAAGUCGCCCAACUACUGCGAGGAGGACCCGGUGACCGGCAGUGUGGGCACCCAGGGCCGCGCCUGCAACAAGACGGCCCCCCAGGCCAGUGGCUGUGACCUCAUGUGCUGUGGGCGUGGCUACAACACCCACCAGUACGCCCGUGUGUGGCAGUGCAACUGUAAGUUCCACUGGUGCUGCUAUGUCAAGUGCAACACGUGCAGCGAGCGCACGGAGAUGUACACGUGCAAGUGA